UAAGAAAAGGGUUCUUGUUGUUGGGUCGGGGCCAACCAAAAUUAGUAGUCCUCGUCACCUUACACAUCAAUCAAUCCUCAGCCUCAGCUUCAACCUCAGCCUCAAUCUCUCCUUCCAACUCAUAGAUAUAUUUCAUGCGGGUAUUUUGGUGCACCUUCUACUUCUGGUUCGCCUCCUCCCUCCUUGUGCUGUUUUCAGUUGCUCCGCCGAAGAUGGGUUGGAGUUCUUCAGCCCCUGUUUUCUCAGCGCCACCAAUUUAUAAGCCCCAGCACAAACACAAACACCUCCCACCCGCCCCUCCUCCUAUGCUUCAAUUCCCUCUGUGGUGCAGAAAAGCAAUUUGGACAGAUGGAAUAUGCAAAGGCAGUGGUCUUCUGCAGUGUGCAAAAGCAACAAGUUGAGAGUACGUUGCAGAGAAGUGAAGGUAGAGGAGAGCACAAGCGUCCACGAUGAUGAAGCCUGUGAAUUAGUGAAUGGGACAGAACUGACCAUUGGAGACAAUGCAGAUGGUAUCCGGGCUUAUCUGUUCACUGCAGUUAAGAACAACAAUGCAACUGGGAUAUUGCUAUUGUCGGAUAUUUUUGGUUUUGAAGACUCGGCCACCAGAGAUUUUGCCUAUCGCGUUGCUUGCACUGGAUACAACGUUCUUGUCCCUGACUUGUUUAAUGGGGAUCCCUGGACGAAAGACAGACCUAAUUCUUUGCUUCAACAGUGGAUCACUAAGCAUCAACCAGAACGCAUAGCAAAAACUAUAUUUGCAUCUGCAAAUUGGAUGGUAAAUGAAUUGGCAGCUGUAGGCAUCUCCAGGAAGGUUGGGAUCAUUGGAUUUUGCUAUGGAGGUGGUCGGGUCAUAGACAUUCUAGCACAAGAUCAGGGUGACUAUUUUGGAUGUGGAGUCUCCUUCUAUGGUACAAGGAUUGACUCUUCUGUUGCUAGCCACAUAAAGGUACCUCUGCUACUAAUCACAGGCGAUGACGAUGGACUUUGCCCCGUUAGUGUUUUGGAAGACAUAACAAAGAGGAAUAAGCAAUCUAAAAUGGUGGUAUUCCAGGGCCGGGGUCAUAGCUUUGCUCAUAGGCCCCAGACUCCAGAAGAAGAUAAAGAUGCAGAAGAAGCAUUUACGAUGAUGAGAAAUUGGCUCUAUAAUAACUUGCUUGCGAAAACUUGAGAUUGUUUUGUCAUUAAAAGCCGUACUUUCAUGUAUCAAGUAGUUAUAUAACAAAAUACUCUGUAAGAGGCUGCCUCUUAACUCUCCUUUUGAUUAGAAUAAAAACUUCAUAAUCAGACAGGCAGACACACUAUAAGCUUUUCUACCAGUUAAUUGACCUGGACCAAAUAAGCACAGUAAAGAUAGUGGUCAAAAACUCGAGCAUGCAAAAAUUCCAUAACUGUCUUGCAUGUUGACUCAGAAACCAUACAAAAGUUGAAAAACAUCCCAGAAAAAAAUAUCUCAUGCUCUCAUCAAAACCAUAUGAAAGAUUCACAAUCUGCCAGCAAAACUUAGGUGUUUAUACCAAAUGGAAUUUGAUUCCCGUACAACCUCCUUUGUCAGGUUUAAGGCACAAGGCAAAUUAAGUA